GGACUGCCCUGAAGAACAGCCCCAUGGACAUACUUCAUCUUCCAGAAAAGGGCUGUCUGAAGCUUAAUAGCACCAAACUGAGCAAGUGUGACAGCAAACUUGAGCAUAUGGUUCCCAUACAUUUGACGGUGGUUCAGAUUUUUGAUAGGCUGUAGUUGAUAGAGGUCUUUUUCAGUUCUGGUAUAGCCUGAAUGCGUUAUCAUUAUCAGCCACAAGCCCUGGGCUGGGAAUUGACGUGCUUUCUCUGCUGCCUGGGGCAGAGUUCUGGAAGAAAGAGGAGCCAAUAUGAUUUCCUUAUGCAGCCUUCCUGACCUUCCUUUUUUCUUACCCAUUUUACCUUGCCAAAGUCCUUCUCUGAGCCUCGAGCAUCGCUUGUUUUUCUCUUCUUGCACAUUCUACUUUACUCCCAUCUUGAAAUGCUUUUGAGGUUUGGACAAUUGGAGAGGUCCUCGGGAGGAGGGCGUCUCUGAGGAGCAGGAAUGUGUAAGAGCAGAGCACGUGUCUGAAGCCAUCCUGCUGACCUCCUUGUUCCUCCUUGGCAAGCAGUGCCCCACGGUGGGGAGCACCAGGCUGCCUUGUUGGUGCAGUGCCACCCCCGGAGCCCUUCUCAGAGUCCAUCGCAAUCCUAAUUUAGGUCCUGGGGGUUGACCUGCUCUCACAGCACUGAGCUGCAGGAAGGUUCCUCAGCACAAGGGGAUCAUAACCCGGUGCAGGACUGGAGGUGUGAGCCCCUGACAUGCCCGCACCAGGCUCUGCAGUACCACACCCUGCACGGCACAUGUAGCAUCUCACUCACAGAAGUGCAAUGCAAGCGCUGCGUGCCCUCCCCACCCCCUGUGCCGUGUACCCUCCAGCCCUGCAGGUGUUGCUGCUCCUCAUGCAUCAAUCCUUCUGCCAGCUUCCAUGGAGGUGUCCCACUGAGGCUGUCCUGCCCGGGGCGGUGGCAAUAGGGAGCUAUUUAUAAAGAGCUGGGGCUGGGCUGGGCCGGUCCCUGGCUCAGCUCUGCUUGCUGGAACAUGUCAGGCGCUGUGAUGGGGAUGUCACUGCCACAGCUGCUCCCCAGCCCGGAUUCCCUGCACAGGUGGGGGGGCCCAGCAGGGUGGCUGGGCAUGGGAGGCUGCUUCCCCUUUGGCUGAGGAUUUGUCUUCCGAAAGCUUUAAAAGAGGAGGAGGAGGACAGGAAGCUGUGUGUGAGCCUUCUACUGUAGCAUGGCAGGGGCUGCAGUUCGUUUGAGCCCCGGGGCUGCUCAGGAGGUGACUGCCACCCCCGGCACCCUCCUCCCAAACCAAGGGCUUGCCUUGGCCCUGGCAGGGCUGCUCCCUGCUGCUGCCCUGCCCUCCACCUGCUGCUCUGAGUCACCAAAUGCUUGCAGGUUAAAUCACCCCUGGCUGCAGCACUGCCCAGCUGGGGCUGUGAGAAGCUUCAUCACCAGGCUGUGCUAUGCCAGAGCUGUGGAGCGCCUGGGGAUGGGCUCCUGUGCCAGCAGGGCUCUGUGCUGCCAGGAGGGACCAGGACAGGUGCUCAUGGCUUAAGCUUUGUCUGCGAGCUGGACAUCAGUGAUCAGGUGCAGAGUGUAGCAGAGGUGUGGGGAAGAUCCCCUUGGCCGGGGCAGGUCCCAGAGCAGGGUACCAACCCCACUGCUCUCAGCAGAACGCAGUCCAUAAGGGCAGGGCACAAGGCAGACAGGCAUUCUGCAUGGCUCAGUGCCGGCUUUUCCUGUCAGCUCUGCUCCAGAUUUUCGCUCUCUCUGCUCAGAUUGCAAUCCUCAGAGUGUAAUAGGGUGCUUCCCCAGCUCUGCACAGCCGCUGUCUGCUUGGAUCACGGUGCAGGUCCCUGCCAACCCUGCCUGCGCUGGUGGCACAGGGGUGCCCCUGCCUAACCCCCCCACCUCAGCACCUCCCAGCUCUUGAAGGAUGGAGAAGGGGGGGCAAGUUCCCUACCAACAGAACCCCUACACGGCCGGGAGCGGCUCCACCGUCAUCCAAUGCUACCGCUGUGGGGACACCUGCAAGGGCGAGGUGGUGCGUGUCCAGAGCAACCACUUCCACAUCCGCUGCUUCACCUGCCAAGUGUGCGGCUGCGACCUGGCCCAGUCGGGCUUUUUCUUCAAGAACCAGGAGUAUAUCUGCACCCACGACUACCAGCAGCUCUACGGCACCCGCUGUGACAGCUGCGGGGACUUCAUCACCGGGGAGGUCAUCUCGGCGCUGGGCAGGACCUACCACCCCAAGUGCUUCGUCUGCAGCACCUGCAGGAAGCCGUUCCCCAUUGGGGACAAGGUGACGUUCAGCGGGAAGGACUGCGUCUGCCAGAACUGCUCCCAUUCGCUCAUCAGCACCAAACCCAUCAAGAUCCACGGGCCCAGCCACUGCGCAGGAUGCAAGGAGGAGAUCAAGCAGGGCCAGUCCCUCCUGGCACUGGAGAAGCAGUGGCACGUCAGCUGCUUCAAGUGCCAAACGUGCGGGAUCAUCCUCACUGGAGAGUACAUCAGCAAGGAUGGAGUCCCAUACUGCGAGUCUGACUACCAUGCACAGUUCGGCAUCAAGUGUGAGACAUGCGACCGGUACAUCAGCGGCAGGGUCCUGGAGGCGGGUGGGAAGCACUACCACCCCACCUGUGCCCGCUGCGUGCGCUGCCACCAGAUGUUCACCGAAGGAGAGGAGAUGUACCUCACAGGCUCUGAGGUGUGGCACCCCAUCUGCAAGCAGGCAGCCCGGGCAGAGAAGAAGCUGAAGCACAGAAGGACAUCAGAAACCUCCAUCUCACCACCCGGCUCCAGCAUCGGCUCCCCCAACAGAGUCAUCUGCGCUAAAGUGGAUAAUGAGAUCCUUAAUUACAAAGACCUGGCAGCUCUUCCCAAGAUUAAAGCCAUCUACGAAGUGCAGCGUCCUGACCUCAUUUCGUACGAGCCCUAUCACAGAUACACGUCGGAUGAGACGCUGGAGAGAUAUAGCUAUGGGGAGUCCUUGGGGACCCUCUCCCCGUACUCGCAGGACAUCUACGAGAGCUUUGACAUCCGGCAGAGGCGAGCCUCCAGCCCCGGCUACAUCGACUCCCCCACCUACAGCCGGCAGGGCAUGUCCCCCACCAUCCCGAGGUCCCCCCACCACUUCUACCGCUCAGGCACAGAGAGCGGGCGCAGCUCCCCCUACUAUAGCCAGUUAGAUGUGAGGUCUUCUACUCCAACCUCAUACCAAGCACCCAAGCAUUUCCACAUUCCAGCUGCUGGUGAGAGCAACAUCUACAGGAAACCUCCCAUCUACAAGCGGCACGUUGCUGUCGACAACAUCUCUGCAGCCACCAAAAGCAAAACCAGUGAGGACAUUGCACAGUCAUCCAAGUACAGCCCUGCCUACUCCCCCGACCCCUACUACCACUCUGAGUCAGAGUAUUGGUCCUUCCAGGGAUCCCCCAAAGCUCCCCGAGCCCGGCGGUUCUCAUCAGGAGGUGAAGAGGAUGGCUAUGAGCGGGGCAUGCACAAGAUCCAGAGCGGCAUCGGCAGGCUGAUCCUGAGGGAGGAGAUGAAGGCGCGCUCCAACUCCUACGCAGACCCCUGGACCCCACCCCGCAGCUCUGCCAGCAGCAGAGAAGCCCUGCACACAGCCGGCUAUGAGGGCUCCCUCAACGGCUCCCCCCGGAUGCACUACCUGGCUGACAGCGAUCCCCUCAUUUCCAAGUCGGCCUCUCUCCCUGCCUACAGGAGGAAUGGGCUGCACAGGCCGCCCAGCGCGGAGCUUUUCCACUACGACAGCACCAACGCCGUCAACUGGGGGAUGCGAGAGUACAAGAUUUACCCCUAUGAGCUGCUCCUGGUGAAGACGAGGGGAAGGAACCAGCUGCCCAAGGAUGUGGACAGGACUCGGUUAGAGCGGCACCUCUCCCAGGAGGAGUUCUACCAGAUCUUUGGCAUGACCAUCGCUGAGUUCGACCGCCUGGCCCUCUGGAAGAGGAAUGAGCUGAAGAAGCAGGCGCGGCUGUUUUAAAGGCAGCGCAUUAUAAAUAUAUACAUACCUAUAAAUAUAUACAUAGAAAGAUCUCUAUAUCGCAGCUCUGUAUGAUUCUCAGUACUGUACGUGGCAGAGGCGCCCUCUGCACCCCUGAGAGUGAAUUGGAGUCUCACGGAUAA